CUUCUAUACAACCAUAGGAGUCGCCCCCUGGUGGUCAGGAGAGAGAAUGCGGCUUUAACACAUGAAGCAUAUACUUCUAUACAACCAGAUGAGUCGCCCCCUGGUGCGGCUAAUUAUGACUUUUUUUAUCUCACCAUUAUAAUGAUAAUAAUUAUGACUUUCAGAUGUGGAUAUUACACAGCUAGAUUAUUACGUGUUACGUUUACUGUUGACAUGGGUUUCCACAGCUCUUCUUCGUCUUUGCGGAUCUACACGUCGUGGAUCUAUAGCGUUGUGGUGACGUCACAGUCCAAACAGGAAGUCCCAGCAGCACCCGUCUCUCCUCUUCCCCAGGUUCCCGGCUGCUCUCUUCAGGUUUAGACCACAUCAAAUGCCGUGGUUUUCUUGUGAACUUUGGCCGGAAUCGAACCCGCAGCAGAGGAAGUGGUUUUCUGAUCGCAGUUCGGCGUGAACCGGAAGUGCUCUCCAACCCGGCGGCGCGAUGGCCUCAGUCGGGCUGAGCUUCCGGAACAUCACCGCCCUGGCCCCCAUGGUCCGGGUGGGCACUCUGCCCAUGAGGCUGCUGGCUCUGGACUACGGGGCCGAUGUGGUCUACAGUGAGGAGUUGAUCGACAUCAAAAUGGCCAAAUGUCACAGAGUGGUGAACGAGGUUCUGGACACGGUGGACUUCGUUGCCCCGGACGACCGUGUGAUGUUCAGGACCUGCGAGCGCGAGAAGGACCGAGUCGUCUUCCAGAUGGGAACUGCAGACCCGGACCGAGCUCUCGUUGUGGCCCGGCUCGUGGAGCAGGAUGUGGCUGCUAUCGAUGUGAAUAUGGGCUGUCCCAAAGAAUACUCCACUAAGGGCGGGAUGGGAGCUGCUCUUCUGUCGGAUCCCGACAAGAUCGAGGCGAUCCUCAGGAGGCUGGUCUCCGGCGUCUCCGUCCCCGUCACCUGCAAGAUACGCAUCCUGCCCUCGCUGGAGGAGACGGUCCUCCUGGUCCGGAGGAUUGAGAAGACGGGCGUCGCCGCCAUCGCGGUUCACGGAAGGCUGAAGGACGAGCGUCCUCGACACCCGCUGCACAUGGAGCACCUGCAGGCCGCCGCCAGGGCCGUCUCCAUCCCCAUCAUCGCCAACGGGGGCUCUCUGGACCUGGUGAAGACGAACAGCGACAUCGCGGCGUUCCGGGCGGCGAGCGGCGCCUCGUCGGUGAUGCUGGCUCGAGCCGCCAUGUGGAACGCCUCCGUGUUCAGGGAGGGGGGGCCGCUCCCCCUGGAGGCCGUCAUGGAGGACUACCUGAGACACGCGAUCCGGUACAAUAACCACGCCUUCAACACCAAGUACUGCCUGUGCCAGAUGCUGAGGGACAAAGUGGAGUCUCCUCUGGGGAAGCAGCUGCAGGCGGCCCAGACCACCCGGGAGAUCAGCGAGGCCUUCGGCCUGCAGCUCUUCUACCAGCUGACUCAGGACCAGCUGCAGCUGAAGAAGAGGAGCAGCAGCCAGACGGAGGAGCUGCAGGUGGAGGGAGGCGUCUCCAUGAUGGCUGUGAGGUUCGAGAGGAGGGAGUAUCCUCCUCACAUCACUCCUAAGAUGUUCCUCCUGGAGUGGAGCCGCAAGGAGAAGCUGGAGCAGCCUCUCUAUGAGAUGGUUCAACGUUCUCAGGAUCGAUCGUUUCAGUCGACGGUCACACUGGAGAAGAAGAAGUACAGGAGCACCCUGUGGGAGAAGUCCAAGCGCUUUGCGGAGCAGGCGGCGGCGGUGGUCUGCCUGAGGGUCCUGGGGGUCCCUGAAGGCCUCAUCGGGGAGGAGGACUCGGGUCUGGUCUGCAAGAGGAAGCUGAGCGGCGCCGCCCAGGAGGACCGGAGCAGGAAGCGCCCCGUGGGCCGGACCCGGGGGGAACCGGACCGCAUGGACCAGACCCGGGGGGAACCGGACCCCGUGGAGAACGGCGAGCGGCGACUUUGCGAGGAGUCGGAAACUUUGAGUUGAGACUAGAAGACGAGAACCCGAAUGAGGAACCUGAGGAACCGAACGAAGAACCUGAGGAACCGAACGAGGACGGUUCUCCUCUUUUUGUUCUGUUGUGCUUCAGGAAGUUUCUCAGUUAAUUUCCGAGAAAUUCAGUUUAGAUUAAUUUGCUCUCAAGAAACUAAAAAAGAUGUCGAAGGAAUCCUGACAGUCGGUCAUACAAUGGUAAUAAAUAUAUAUAUAUAUAUAUAUAUAUAUUUACACAAUAUCUGAAAUGAAUCCUGUUGUGAAGUCGUAGGGUUUUUAACUCCUCCCCUUACGCAACAUUUUUAAAUCCUCAUGUUGGAUCUUUAUGUUUCAUGUUCAUUUAUUCAUAUUAUUAAUAAUAUUCAUAAUAUUAUUUUUAUUCCUUUCUGAUGUUUCAUUUAUUAUUAAAACACGGAAGAGACAA